UUUAGGUGUCAGUCGUCGAAAAGUAAAGUUCCUAUCGCGAAUAAUAAAACAAUGCUUCGACAGUUUUCAAAGCGAAUAAAUGUGAACGCGAUAAGAGCGCGAGACUUUGCUCAACUAAUUCUCUUCCGUGCAUCAUCGAGUGACAUCGAUAAAGAUAAAUUUGAAGUGAAAAUCAAUCAGACAAAUGAAACCUUUGAAUUAUAUGAGAAGAAAGUUAACAUUGCAAGUGGGAAGCUUAAGAAAUUUGAAUUUCCUUUUGUGUACUUGCGUGAUAACUGUCAGUGUGAGUUUUGUUACCACGCUCAAUCAUCAAGUCGAACCUUAAGUUGGGAAAAUUUUGACGUUUCAAUCAAACCAAAAAACUUUCUGUUUGAUGAUUCGCGUAAUGUUUUGAAAGUAAUUUGGAAUGAUAACGAACAACAUACAUCUGAGUAUGACUAUGAAUGGUUAAAGGCGCGAAAUUUCUCGAUUGAGAAUCGUGAACAUUAUUUGAAGACUUUUUACCGACCAGACAAGAAGCUUUGGACAAAAAAUAAUUUCAAAAGCAUCUUGCAAAACUUUGACUUUAUGAAGAUCAUUGAGACUGAUCAUGAAUUGUACGAUUGGCUUAAUUGCUUAGCUAUUCAUGGAGUCGCUAUUAUUAAAAACACUCCACAAACGGAGAAUGAGAUUCGAAGAAUUGCUGAGCGCGUUGGUUUCAUCCGACGAACUCAUUACGGUGAAGAUUUCACGGUAAAAGCUAAGGAAGGUGCAAGCAAUGUCGCGUAUUUAACAGCACCACUUCAGAUGCACGCUGAUUUACCUUAUUACCAUCACGCACCAGGUGUAAAUAUCCUUCAUUGUCUCGUACAAUCAAAGUCAAAGGGAGCAGAGAAUCUCUUAACUGAUGGAUUUCAAAUUGUCAAUAUUAUGAAGCAAGAUCACCCUGAAGAGUUCGAAGCACUUUCGAAGAUUCUCGUCAAUUGGUAUGACGUUGGAAAGGAAGAAUCUGGUCCGCCGUUUCACUCAAUCCUUCGUGCUCCAAUGUUUUGUUUUGACUACGAGAAUAAAAUCGAGCGUAUCAAUCACAGCAUUCCACAACGUGACUCGUUCUUUACUGCUUCAGUUGAAGAUGUCAAACGAUGGUACAAAGCUUUAGCGAAGUUCAUCGAAUUAAUUCAUCGUGAAGCUGUCGAAUUUAAAACGGAAGAAGGAACGAUUUUAAGUUUUGACAACAGUCGACUAUUACAUGGUCGGAAACAAUAUGAAGACAGUGCCGGAAACUAUCGUCAUCUUGUUGGAGCGUAUCUUGACUGGGAUGAAAUUUAUUCUCGACUUCGUGUCUUGCAAAAAGAGUUAAAGAAGAAAUAUUAAUUCAUUUUUUUUAUUAUAAUAUUUAUGUAAUUUAAUAUUUAAUGAGAAAUAUUUUAUGAGAUUUUUUAAAAGAAAUUAAAAACGAG